GAAGUAAAUAACGAUAAUCAACGAAGAUAAAGAGGUCGUUUAAAGGAUCGUGAGGGUAAAACUACUUGAAAUGCUGACUGAGUGAUGAGGAGGUUAUCUGUUUUUAUACUAGUUAUCUUUUUCUUGUCGUCACAGGCAAGCACUGACUUAGGAAGAAGAAGUUAUGAGAACACAACUAAAGUUCUCGACUCACUUACGGAAACUCCCAAAUAUGACAAGCGGAUAAGGCCCUAUCAUGAAGGUCCACCUAUGAACAUUUCCGUGUACAUGACAGUCGUUUCGUUUGGUGCAAUAAAGGAAAUAAACAUGGAAUUUACGUUAGAUAUAUUUUUCAAGCAAGCUUGGAACGAUCCAAGAUUGAGGCAUGAUCUUAAGAAACCAAUUCUUCUUUCUGGAAGUGAAAAGGUCAAGUUCUGGCUUCCGGACACGUUCUUUUUGAAUGUAAAGACAGCCAAGUUUCACCACGUUCCUGCUGCUAAUAGCAGAGUUGUGAUUAAAUCCAACGGGGAUAUUGAACUCAGUGAAAGGCUAACAGUCUCUGCGUCAUGUAGGAUGAAUUUAAGAGAAUAUCCACUAGACACUCAGACGUGUGUUCUUGAAAUUUUAAGCUACUCAUAUGACAUUAAUGACAUGGAUUACCAUUGGGAUGACGAGAACGCAGUAAUAAUUUUAGACGAUGAAAUGUCAGAGUUCGAACUUGCUGAUGCGCAAAGUGAGCGAAAGCUUGUGAAAUACGUCAUAGGAACAUACACCCAUUUGGUCGCAAAGUUUGUUUUCAAAAGAAGACUGGCGUAUUCCUUUAUUCAAAUCUAUUCUCCAACGUUCCUCAUCGUCGUUCUUUCUUGGUUGUCAUUCUGGAUUUCUAAAGACGCAGUUCCCGCUAGGAUUGCUCUUGGAAUUACCACAGUGUUGACCAUUGUUACACUCAUGGGUUCACUCAGAAAUUCUGUCCCUAAGGUGUCGUACAUCAAAGCAGUCGACUCAUAUCUCAUUGUCUCCUUCAUCUUCGUCUUUGGUGUCCUACUAGAAUACGUUGCAGUUCUAAUGCAUAGCGAAAGAAAACGAAAGAAGGCAAAGAAGAAACAAAAUUUACCAUCAAAAGAUUACGCGUUAGCGGAAAUGGAGAUAGAAAAUUUCAAUGCUAAUGCAGCUCCAAAUCAUACAAAUACCCCCAUUAUAUCUCGAUCGAGAUCAGCACACAGCCUACCACCCCGGAGGUCACCAUCAUCGUAUAGUUUACCGGUGCGCCCAGUAUCGUCAUACAGUUUACCACCAAAAUCUGUCCUUCGAAGUUCGUACCCACGUCAGAACGUUCCUGGACCAGCUAUCCAACAUAGUCCUUACACGACUAACCCACCCAGAACAACUAUCAUUCAAUGCAUCCCGAGCUUCUGUUUGGCUCUUGGGUCAGAUAAUGAAGUGGAUAUCUUCGACAGAAUUGCCCGAAUCAUUUUCCCUUUGACUUUCUUUAUGUUCAACAUUGGCUAUUACUUCCGAUAUUCAAACUGAAAGAACUAGGGCGAAUUUACGUAACACCUGUUAGAAUAUAGAAGAGUCCGUGUCGUUAAAAUCGCUGUUUACAUCAUUUGAUUGUAAGUUUAGCAGAUAUAUAAAUUUUAAAAAAGAAAGUAGUGAAACAUGAGAAAAGGAAAGGUUAUCCAUAAAGUGCAAUUAAAGUUCAACUUCCUUUA